AUGGAACCUACCGUAGGCAAGCAUGGCUCCCUUCGGAACGUUCUGGUUCGGUUACUUCUCUUUGGCGUUUUCGUUGUUAUUUUUCGGUUUGCUUACGUCAUCACUAUCGCCGGCGAAAACUGUAACAUCGGAGAUUUCUGUUUCUUUUCAUCGCCGGGGAAAAUUAAUGCCGCCGUCGCCGGAUCUGGUUCUGGCGCUCUCUCCGUCCGAUCCUCUGCCGAAUUAUCCACGCCGGAGCAUCAAGCAAGCAAAGAAUGGAUCACCGGCGUUCGGUUUUACUCGUCGAUUUUCCAGAAUAUGAUUGCCACCGGUGAUCUUUCGCGUAAGGCGAAGUCUCUCUGCGUCGAUACACCAACCGGAAGGGAUGUAUACGCGUUGAAGGAGAUAGGUGUUGACGUUGUUGGAAUCUCGAAGAAGGCGGUGAAGUCGUUGGUGAAAUCCGGUGAAGGUCACCGGAUUCCGUUUGCUAAUAACACGUUUGACUUUGUGUUCUCCAGUGAGGGAGGCUUGGAGAAAUCGACAAAGGCGUCCGAGUUUGCGUCCGAGAUCGCGAGGACCCUGAAACCCGAAGGGUUUGCAGUGUUCCAUGUAAAUGCUAAAGACUCAUACAGUUACAAUUCAUUUGUUGAUUUGUUUAGAUUUUGUUGCGAAGUGGUGAAAUUCCAUGACAUUCAUGGUUUCGAUACGUCGAUGCCGAUGAUAAGAGAAAUCUUCAUGAAGAAAAUCAGUUAUAGAAAAACUGAUUCUGAUUCUGAAUUUGAUUUGAAUAGGAAUCAGAAGUGUUCUGUUGCAGAUUAUAAAAGAGAAUUGGUUAAGAAUGCUGAGGAAUUGAUUGAGGAAGAACCCUUGAAGCCAUGGAUAACCCUAAAGAAGAAUGUGAAGAACAUAAAGUAUGCACCAUCAAUGGUUGAUAUAAGCUUUAAGAAUAGGUACGUGUAUGUUGAUGUUGGAGCUAGAAGCUAUGGUUCGAGUAUCGGAAGCUGGUUUAAGAAACAGUAUCCGAAACAGAAUAAAACCUUUCAUGUUUACGCGAUCGAAGCCGAUAAAACUUUUCAUCAAGAGUAUGCGGUGAAGAAAGGGAUAACUCUGUUACCUUAUGCUGCAUGGGUUAGGAAUGAGAGUUUGGUUUUUGAAAUCAACAACGACCCGGGUGAUAAAAAGAAAGAAAAAGCAGGGAGAGGAAUGGGAAGGAUUCAACCAUUGGAAUCACAAGGUGGCGCGGGUGGUGGUGUUCAGACGACACAAGGGUUUGAUUUUGCUGAAUGGUUGAAGAAAACAGUUACAAUGAACGAUUUCGUUGUGAUGAAGAUGGACAUUGAAGGUACGGAAUUUGAUUUGAUUCCUAGAUUGUUUGAAACCGGAGCUAUUUGUUUGAUUGAUGAAAUUUUUCUGGAGUGUCAUUACAAUAGAUGGCAGAGAUGUUGUCCGGGACAAAGAAGUCCGAAGUAUGAGAAAACAUAUGAUCAAUGUUUGCAGCUAUUCAAUUCUCUGAGACAAAGUGGUGUUCUUGUUCAUCAAUGGUUUUAG